AUGAGAGAGGCUGUGAAGCGCCACGUCCUAGGACGGUCGAAACUACGACAAUCCUGGAACAAAUACAAUCUCUACAACAUCCACAAAAACGAAGUCAGCAUCCGUACGACUACCCAAACCUUUUUCCAGCAAAAAUGGGCCGCCAAGUCCAUGACACGUGCCUACCACGGUGAGCAUGUCAACGAGAAGCGAUGGAGUCGCCUCUUCAGCCGCCGUCUGACGGCUGCCGUCGAGAUGCCUCCUGAGUAUCUCGCCUCGUACGACGGUUCCGAGCAGGCUGAGGGCCGUGGCUCCGGAAAGCAGAGCGACCCGAAUGACCCAAACGCGCCCCGCCCCGUAACCGCACAUUCCUUUUCUAUUCUCGAGCAACGGAGACAAGCCCAGCUCGCGGCUGAGGAUGUGAGGGAUGCCGCAAAGACGCGCUUCCAAAGGCCUGGUCCCAGGUCCAUGAGGAAUCUUUUCAAGAGGCCUACCCAAGACAUGACCCCUUACAUGCAAAUGGCAUUCGCUCCCCUUGAGCGCAGGCUCGAGGUCGCCAUGUUCAGAGCCAUGUUCGCAAGCAGCCCGCGUCAAGCUAGGCAGUUCUGCGUCCACGGCGCCGUCAAAGUCAACGGCAAAAAGAUGCGUUACGGGUCGUACCAACUGAACCCCGGCGAUAUGUUCGAAGUCGAUCCCGACAAGGUCAUGUUUGCGGCGGGCAAGGACAAGAACCAGGCCUCUCUCGAAGCUGCUGUCAAGCGGGUGCAGGCCAAGGAGGCGGCCAAGGCCGUUGCCGAGGAAGAGGCUGUCGUAGAACUCAAAGAAGGCGUUGAUGCGGCUGCUGCAGAAGGCGAGGCCGUGGAGAAGGCCGAAGCCCAGGCGGAAAAAGAGACCGCCGCUGCCCAGGAGGCAGAGGAGCUCGAUCUCUCCGAGUUCCCCAUGCGGAACGAGAAGCCGAGCAGCGCCGCAGGCAAAAAGGCCCUCGGCCAGAAGGAGGACUUGUCCAGCGACGACCUCAUGGAGAAGCUCGCCUCCCACCUUUCCCGCUUCAAGCUCGAUGACUCCGCCGUCACCGCGGUGGCAGGCAAGGGCGACAGCAAGAACGCCGCCCCCGAGGCCGCAUCUGCCGACAGCGUCCUCUCCGAGACCGACCAGGGCAAGCUGCUCAAGAUCCUCCGCGCCAACGAAGAGGACGACGAGAACCCCGUCGAUCCUUCCAAGCCCUACGCUACCCCCUGGCAGCCCAGGAAGUUCCUCGAACCCUUUGCCUUUAUCCCCGCUACCUCGAGGUGA